AUGACAUUGCAGCACUCGUACCACUAUCUUACAUCAUCAUCAUCAUCAUCAUCCAACCUUGGCCGAAUAUAUCUUACACAAUCACCUGGUGACGGGAAAGGGAGUGGCAACCAAUAUGGAAGAUCACCUGCUGAGCAAUAUGCACCACUCGCAUCAACGUUCCAACGAAGGCUUUUGUUAGGCAUUGGGUCUGCUUCUUUAGUAGCUGUUGGUGCUAAUUUUGUUGGUAUUACAAGCUUCCUCCUUGGACUUUCACCAGAUACUGGGCGAAAUCUCAAGCUAGAUGUGCUUUAUCCAAUUCGAGGUUAUAGUCGCUGCAUUCAACCAAACGAAGGAUUUGAGUUCAUAUAUCCAGCUACAUGGGUCGCCGACCAAACAUUACUUUAUCGAGCAGCAGAACGAGCAGAGCAAGAGAGAUCGCUGGAUCCCCUUCCACUCGAUUCUGGUAAGCGUCGCAAAAGGAAUGUGAAUGAACCAGUCAUAGCUUUUGGUCCUCCUGGCUCAACUGGUGAGCUUAACAUCAGUGUGAUUGCUUCAUCAGUCUCACCAGAAUUCAGGAUUGAAGCAUUUGGAGGACCAAAAGAGGUAGGAGAAGCUGUUAUCAGAACUAUAACAGCUCCCACUCGCCGCCCAGAUGUGAAGGCUAUGUUGCUGAGAUCAAACUUAAGAGGGGAUUUGCUGAAAAAUAUUAAUUAUUAUGAGCUGGAAUUUAGGGUUGAAAGCCCCUCAUUUCAGCGCCAUAAUGUGACUGUAUGUUGUGCUCAAAAUGGAAGGCUAUACACACUGAAUGCACAAGCUCCAGAAUCAGCAUGGCAAAAAGUGAAAGAAGACUUCUACAAAAUUGCUGCCUCUUUUGUUCUGACUUCAUAACAUAUGCAUGGAAGCAUGUGUGUGUAAAAUAAAGAACAAAGGAUCAAGAUCAAAUUAACAUGGAUUGACCAACUAUUUAGGCUACACGCCUACACCACUACAUCCUCAGGCAGAGAAAGAAGAUUACUACAGAGUGUUUGAAAGACAGAGUGUACAGACUUCAGAAUCAUUUGGCUAGACUUUACUCAGGAGUUUAUAUCGUAUCCCAAUUCACAACAAAAUAGGUCGCUAUAGAGCCUAACAAACACAAGUUCAAAUCACUCUACAAUGAAGCUUUUGAAAUAACCAGGAGGAAUUCGGAUAUGUAUCCUGAUAAGUUGUGCCAAAGUGCCAUCCUUCUCUCGUAGUAGACAUAAUUAAGAGAAGAAUAAUGGAAGCUAGUUUGAAUUUCCUUUUUCUUUUCUUUUUUUGAGGGAAAAAUUUCCUUUCAAAUUUAUUUACAGAUAAAAAGGCAUAAAGUGGUUUGAUAUUUGUCAUGCCAAAGUUAUCAGUCAGUAAGAAACCAUGGUACUCAAUGCUACUCAGUCACAUACAGAUGACUAGGAUCAGAAGACAGAAUGAGGAAAAAAAUAAGGGUUUAGUUUGCCUCAUCAUUAUUCGAACAGGAGAAAAGCUAGGCUACAUGGUAUUGCUUGACUGCAGUAGAAAGAAUGAAGGUAACAUAAAAAGAGGUCAAACCGAAUCUGGAAUAUCUUGGGGGUUAUUAGGUUUUUCCGUGGGUAUAUGCCUGGCGUAUUUAUAAGUAUACUUAAUAAUGAGGUAUCAUUUUUCUAUCUUUAUUUGGCAUAAUGUAACAUUGUGAAUAAGACAUCUCAUUGUAAGAGAAGAAAAACCACAAGAAGUUGAACCAACUGAUAUUUUACUAUUUGUUUUUUUUAAUUCCAACCAUCUGUAAUUCGUUUGAAAAUUACGAUAAUUUACAAUAUAGAUAUGUUAUUGCAGGAUUUAUUUCCGAGUAAAUCCAAAGAAAGUACUCCAUUUUAUUGAAUCACUGUAUGCUUCACUACUUGUACCUAUAUUGUGAGGGGAAAAGUGGUCAAUUUUUUUUACUGAAGGCAGGGAGUAAUUGAUAUAGCCAAUUUCUUUUUGUGACAGGGUAUACAUCAGUAUAAACCCUCUGUAUCAUGCAGGGACUAUAAUAUCAAAUUUCUAUGUAUAUACACUUUGCUUCUCUUCCCCACUCGAGGCUUACAAAAGGGACCGCUAGUUCAUACAGAUCCAUAAAAAGAUAAAAAUAAAAAUUAGAAUAAAUAGUAAAAAAAA